AGCGUCAGCGCCGCCGCCGCCUCCUUUCCUCCUCCGCCUCCGCCCCCCCUCCUCCUCCGCCGCCUCCCGGACGCGGCGCCCGCAGCCCGCGCCGAGCCCCGGGCCGCGCGGUGCCAUGCUGCCCCGGCGGCGGCGCUGAAGGAUGGCGACACCCGUCCCUCCGCCCUCCCCGCGACACCUGCGGCUGCUGCGCCUGCUCUCCGGCCUCGUCCUCGGCGCGGCCCUGCGCGGGGCCUCCGCCGGACAUGACAAUGCAGCUGCCUGUCCUGGGAGCCUGGACUGCGCCCUGAAGAGGAGGGCACGGUGCCCCCCAGGCGCGCAUGUCUGUGGGCCCUGUCUUCAGCCCUUCCAGGAAGACCAACAAGGGCUCUGUGUGCCCAGGAUGCACCGGCCUGUGGGGGAGAGCCUGCCCAGGCCCAGACUGGAAGAUGAGAUUGACUUCCUGGCCCAGGAGCUGGCCCGGCAGGAGCCUCAGCACUCCAUGCUCACGGCCCAGCCCCAGCCUGAAGGGGGACAGCGGCAGCUGGAGCCUGCAGCCACCCUGGGGCUCUCAGAGCGCCGCCAGGGCCCUGACCUGAGCCCCCCCUCCACUCGGGGAGCCCCUGCACCCACGCCUCACACCACCUUGGGCUCCUCUGUGUCGUCUGUGCCGGUGCACGUGGCCCCCUUGGAGCCCCGGGGCGGGCGCGGUGACGGACUCGCCCUCGUGCUCGUCGUGGCGUGCUCGGUAGCCGGCGCGGCCGCCCUCGCCGUGGCCGCUCUCUGCUGGUGCAGGCUGCAGCGAGACAUCCGCCUGACCCAGAAGGCCGACUACGCGGCCCCGCAGGCGCCGGGCUCCCCCGCGACGCCCGGGAUCUCGGUGCGUGGACCCGCCCCGUCCCCGCCCCUCCGGCCGUACCCGGCNCAUAAAGAGCCGCCCAAGGAGCUGGAGUCGUUGUCCUCAGACGAGGAGAACGAGGACGGUGAUUUCACGGUGUAUGAGUGCCCGGGCCUGGCCCCGACCGGAGAGAUGGAGGUCCGGAACCCGCUGUUCGACCACUCCUCGCUGUCCGCGCCCCUGCCGCAGUGACCUGAAGGCUGCCGCUCCCUUCUCCCGGACUGCAUGGCCCACGGGUGGGGAGGGGUAGGGCUCAGCGUUUCCCAUUAAAGAGACCUUGUUCUGACAGUGGGCGUGCUUGUGGCUGGGCCCGGGCACAGGGGUGGGGGUGGGGUGGGGGCGGGAACCCCUUAUUGAGGAGACUCAACCCCCUUCUGCCAGGGACCUUCUCUUUCUUCUUGCACCUGUCCUCUUGAGUCUGAACCCUGAAAUGGGGCUAGGGAGAACCCUGAGACCAGGCAUGGAUGAGGAAUCCUGGAAACAAAACCAAUUAAAAUACAUUUCAAACCCA